UUCUGUAGAAACUAGGAGGGACUGGGUAGAGUCUGCAAAGGGAAGAGUGUGUCUGUGACACUGCCAGCAGCGCGCAGAGGGAGGGAUGGGGGCGGGUAUCGGAAUAGGGGCCCUCGGAAAGAACGGAUAUCGCUGUGACACCGCGGGGACGCUCUGAGGGGACGAGUGUCGGUGUGGCACCGGUGCACGCUGAAGGAGCCGGCGGAACCGGGUGGCCAUGGGGAUGUGGGUAUCGCUGGACGCUUUGUGGGAGAUACCGGCCGAAAAGCGUAUCUUCGGAGCGGUGCUGCUCUUCUCCUGGACAGUGUAUCUUUGGGAGACCUUCCUAGCACAGCGGCAGAGAAGAAUAUAUAAAACAACAACUCAUGUACCACCAGAAUUAGGACAGAUCAUGGAUUCUGAAACAUUUGAGAAAUCUCGACUGUAUCAACUGGAUAAAAGCACUUUCAGCUUCUGGUCAGGACUCUAUUCAGAGAUUGAAGGCACUCUUAUUCUUCUCUUUGGAGGAAUACCUUAUCUCUGGAGACUUUCUGGACGGUUCUGUGAUUAUGCUGGCUUUGGACCAGAAUAUGAGAUCAUUCAGUCCCUGGUGUUUCUGCUGUUGGCUACACUUUUCAGUGCAUUGACUGGUUUGCCAUGGAGUCUUUAUAAUACUUUUGUGAUAGAAGAAAAACAUGGUUUCAAUCAACAGACUUUGGGGUUCUUCAUGAAAGAUGCAAUCAAGAAAUUUGUUGUGACUCAGUGUAUUUUGUUGCCUGUGUCUUCACUUCUACUUUACAUUAUUAAAAUUGGGGGUGACUAUUUUUUUAUUUAUGCCUGGCUGUUUACAUUAGUUGUGUCUCUGGUUCUUGUCACAAUCUAUGCUGAUUAUAUUGCCCCUUUAUUUGACAAGUUCACACCUCUGCCUGAGGGAAAGCUUAAAGAAGAAAUUGAAGUGAUGGCGAAGAGUAUUGACUUUCCUUUGACGAAGGUGUAUGUUGUGGAAGGAUCUAAACGCUCUUCUCACAGCAAUGCUUAUUUUUAUGGCUUCUUCAAGAACAAGCGAAUAGUUUUGUUUGACACUCUACUAGAAGAGUACUCUGUACUAAACAAAGACAUCCAGGAGGAUUCUGGCAUGGAACCCCGCAAUGAGGAAGAAGGGAACAGUGAAGAAAUAAAAGCUAAAGUUAAAAAUAAGAAACAAGGAUGUAAAAAUGAGGAGGUACUUGCUGUACUAGGCCAUGAACUGGGGCACUGGAAGUUGGGACAUACAGUCAAAAAUAUCAUUAUUAGCCAGAUGAAUUCUUUCCUGUGUUUUUUUUUAUUUGCUGUAUUAAUUGGUCGAAAGGAGCUUUUUGCUGCAUUUGGUUUUUAUGAUAGCCAACCCACUCUAAUUGGACUAUUGAUCAUCUUCCAGUUUAUUUUUUCACCUUACAAUGAGGUUCUUUCUUUUUGCCUAACAGUCCUAAGCCGCAGAUUUGAGUUUCAAGCUGAUGCAUUUGCCAAGAAACUUGGGAAGGCUAAAGACUUAUAUUCUGCUUUAAUCAAACUUAACAAAGAUAACUUGGGAUUCCCUGUUUCUGACUGGUUGUUCUCAAUGUGGCAUUAUUCUCAUCCUCCACUGCUAGAGAGACUUCAAGCUUUGAAAAGUAUGAAGCAACACUGAGAUGCCCAGGGUCUGUGACUGAAGACAUUCUGAUUAUUUCUGUCCUGGCAGCAUGUUCCAGCUCUUGAUGUUUUUAAACUUUUUUUUAAAAGAAAAAUUAAGUACAGAAAAGCCCAGAUUUAAAUACGUUUAAUAUGUCAUUUCAAAAAUGAUUUUAAUAAUUCAUUUCUUAAAGAAAACACCGAAUGAAUUUUGAAGCUUAAUGUUUUUAAAGGCAUAGUUUUAUCUUUGACAUCUAAUUUACCAUCAAGUUGUAAAAUUGUUUGGAAAAAUACAGAACUUGUUUUAUUUAUAUACUUACAUGGAAACUGCAUGUGAGGUGUUUGAGGGCAUAUGUUUGAAAGAGGGAGCACCACCUCGGGAAUCCUUUCUGUGAGGCGGAAACCGUGGUCCUGAAUCGUUGUGCUCAUACCUAAGUUGAAAUCUGGUCUUACUUUCAUGCUGUUAUGAUUUCAUCUGGUGAAUCAGUGUUUUAAAUAAGAAAGGUAAUAGUUGGUAAGGCCAAUAUUAUUUAAAUGAAAGUAGUUAGAAAAAUGCUCUCCUACCAAAUUUUAAAUUUCUCUCUUCCCUCUCUUGCUACACACUGAUCAAGAGUUUUUCAUAGUGCUUUGAAGUUAGAAAUUAUGUAUAGGAUAUUUUAAAUCAUUGAGUUUUGUGUUUUGUUUGUUUUCAUUUUUUGGAAAAUCUCUGUCUUUAUCUUUUUUUCCCACAUGGUAAAUAUGAUCCCAUUGGGAGUAAAUUGUAGCUUUUUCUCAUUCAUGUAGUAAAUAAUACAUCCUUUCACUUAGCAGAGAUGGCCAUAUUAAACACGUUUUGCUAUGUUAAAAGUGGCAGAACAUGAAAGACAAAUUAAAAAUAACAUUUUUUAAGCGACAUAAGGGUGAAAUGAAUCUCUAUGACAUUUCGGGAAAAAAUAUAGUUUUCUAUCUCUUUCAAGGGCAGAAGAGUUUUCAUUUUUAUUUUUGUAAUUUUAUCUGUAAGUCGUAAGUACUGCUUAAUCAGGCCUGAUUCUACUUUUGAAAAUUACAGUUCUGGAAAUGCAGAUAAUGUUUACUUUGAAAACAAAUGUCAUGAAAGAUUUCCAGUUUUUAAAGCUGUAUGUUUCACUGCUUCAUAUCUCUGUCCACUUUCUGAAUGAGAACUUAGUUUGUGCCUAGAGCUGUCACUCACUGAUAAUGCUUACCUUCUGGGCAUUUAUUCCAAAGUGGGAUCGACUGUGCGCCUUUGGUAUCUGACCAUAAAGUCUUUUGUUCCACUGACAUUUGGGUGAUGUCUUCACAUGGAAAUAUAAUAAAAGUGAAAAUCUAGUUUAGUACUGCAUUAUUUAUUUUCCUGAGGCUAAAGAGGAGCAGUCCUAUGCCUUUUAUUCAGCAUCCUUUAUCUGUGACUUCAUGCUCUGAUAACUGCCUUUCCUUCCUUCUGUGCCUUUGAAUACAAAUUUCAGUUCUGCAAAAGUUAAACAUUAAACAUUGCCAAUGCAAAUGUA